ACCAACUGAAGGUAAAGAGUUUGAGGAUUUUAACAUCCAAGAUCAAUAAAAUGAGCUUUCUUCUCCUCCUCCUCUUCUCACUGAUGACAGGUUGUGAGGCCUCGUCUAAAGAGUCUAAAGUGAAGGGAUGCACAGACGGAUGGGUUGAAUUCACCUGCGAAUGUCCAAAACCAAAUGAACAUGUUUAUUUAGUUAUUCCCAAAAAAACAACCAUAAAAAGCACUAAAAAGGAUGUUUGGGAAAACAAAGGCAGAGUUUCACUGUACCAUGAUACAAAAGAAAAAAAUCUCAGGAUGGCCAUUAAACAACUUGAACAGAAGGACAUUGGGACGUACACGUGUAAAUUUAAAAAUAAUGAAAUCAAAAAACUGGAAUUGGAUGUUGACAAAGACUGCCAGAAACAAUUUAAUCAAACUGCGUACAGAACAGCUAAAACCACCAUCACAUGUGAUCACACAGGAAACGAAUACAAGUUCUUCUGCAAAGAGAAAGGUUCAAUCUGUGAGGAUAUUUUAUCAACAAAAUCCUCUCUGAAGUCGAAGGGGACAUUCACUCUCACAGAAACCAACAGUAGCUUCAGCAUGUCCAUCAGUAAGGUGUCCUCACGUGAUGCUGGUGUCUACUGGUGUGGAGUGGAAACACAUGAAGGAAGUUACAGAGCUGCUCUCAGAAAGAUACAGCUGGAGGUUGAAGCUACUAUUACCAGAUUCACAAAGUCUCCAACUGUUGGACAGAAUCUGACAUACUGGUGUGAAUAUCCAAAUGGUGCUCUGAUAAACAAAUUCAUCUGUAAGGGAGAAGAUCCAUCUAUAUGUCAACCUCUAGUAAGCACCGCACAGCACAACAACAACACUGGGAGGUUUUCCAUGAAGGAGGACAAAGAGAAGAGAAAUAUCACCAUAACAGUGAGAAACGUAACAACAGACGACACUGGGACAUACUGGUGUGGAGCAAAAAGCACUGACAAAACAGGCAGCAACCCAUUCUUCCACAAACUGGUGAUGACUGUAGUAUCACCAGCCGUAUCAUCUACAUCAUCGACAUUUCUGGUUUCUUCAACCCAGUCAAAUACUGCGUCUGCUGAGAGUCGUGGUGGCUCUCAGGUCGUCAUUACUGUGAUCGUCUGCGUAGUUGUGCUGCUGCUGCUGCUGCUGCUGUUUGUGCUAAUUGUGAUCCUUUUCUACAGACGACGUUCACAUUCAAAGACCACAGGAAAAGAAGCAGUAUCACAGAACAUGAAACAGGAUUAUGUCUACGAGGAGAUACAGCAGCCCGUCCAGACUCCAGACUCAGGAAAUGAGAUGAACACGAUUUAUGCCAAUGCCAACUUUCCCACAAACCCCUCUGCCUCGCUGCAUUACUCUACCGUCAACUUCCAAAGCAGCUCUGACAGAGUUGGUGGUGAGGCAGUGAUCCUCAAACCCAGCUCUGCUGCCUGCGAAUAUUCUGCUGUGAAGCAAAGUGAAACCUACUCUACUGUCAACCAGCCGUCCAGCUCUUCAGAGGAUCCUCUCUACGCAACAGUCAACAAGCCACAGCAGCACCGAGCAAAGAUCAGCCCUGUUAGGAAUUUAUGACAUUUAAUACAUGUAUGGCCAAAAUUUCAGGUCAUUCAUGAGUGUUAUGGCAGAAAAUUGUGUCCUCUUACAUUUAAUCGUUUAUGUAUGAUCUUUUAAUAUUAUCAUUAUUAUUAUUGAUAUAGAUAUGUAUU